UCCGUCAGGAUUACACUACCUUUUUAUUAACAGUAGCCCAGACCACGGAUAAAACACUGAAUUACAACCAUAUGCUCAGAGCAGCGAUUAAAGCAUAACCCUUUUGUAAUCUAUGCUUAAUGGCUAUUACCAAAGAUGAUGUGUCUUUAUACUUCUCCAAUCCUAGGAUUUAUAUCAUGGCAGAGAAAAAUAGUUUUUGUAACGCUCCUCGUUACCCCCCAAAAUGAAGAUUUUAAGGGAUAUUUGUAAUUUAUUUGUUUUAUCAUUUAUUUUUGUGCUCUAAUCGGGGACGUAGGAUAACUGUAAACAGUAAAAUGACACUUUUAUUGAUAAAAGUGAUAUGAAUCGAUGUUCUAAAUGCUGUUUAAUCUGCUAUUAAAGUAUCCAACAUAUGUUUUUUUAUUCAUCGAGCGACUAAUCUGUCACGUACAACCCUCUUAAAUGAUUAUAAACUGCUAGGGUGGAGAAAAGCCAGUGUGCUCUUAGACUAAAUAAAUAAAUAUAAUGAAAAAUAAUAAAACGCAUAGAAAACAACUUAAUUAUUGAGCAGUUGCGUGUGUUUUUCGACAGGCAUUUUUCAGGACCGCUAAAUGUGCUCUGCCAGACAAGGACCCUAGCAGGAAUUUCAGGGAUGGCGUCCCGUCGCACACUGAAAGCGGUUCUCAUUGAUCUGAGUGGAACUCUUCACGUCGAGGACGCUGCAGUCCCUGGGGCACAGGAGGCUUUAGCCCGAUUAAGACAGGCUCCAGUCGCGGUAAAAUUUGUGACCAACACAACAAAGGAAUGCAAGAGGACCCUGUUUGAGCGACUGCGUCGGUUAAACUUUGACCUCCAGGAGCAGGAGAUCUUCACGUCCCUCACCUCAGCCCGUAAUCUACUGGAGCAGAGAGCAGUGCGCCCCCUGCUGCUGGUGGAGGAUAGCGCUCUGGAGGACUUCGCAGGUUUGGAGACGUCAGAUCCUAAUGCUGUUGUGAUUGGAUUAGCGCCUGACCACUUCAACUACCAGACACUCAAUAAAGCCUUCCGACUCAUUUUAGAUGGUGCGCCGCUCAUUGCCAUCCAUAAAGCGCGAUACUAUAAAAGGAAGGACGGGCUGGCUUUGGGACCGGGACCGUUUGUGACGGGUCUUGAGUACGCCACUGACACCCAGGCCACAGUGGUGGGGAAACCAGAGAGAGCCUUCUUCCUGGAAGCCUUACGAGACCUGAACUGCUCACCAGAGGAGGCUGUGAUGAUAGGAGACGAUGCCAGAGAUGAUGUUGGUGGGGCACAGAAAGCAGGAAUAAUGGGAAUUUUAGUAAAAACUGGUAAAUACAGAUCUGGCGAUGAAGGUAAAAUUAACACACCACCUCACCUGACGUGUGACAGCUUUCCAGAGGCUGUCAAUCAUAUACUCGACAAUCUCUUAGGAUCGAAAUAACCGUCAAAAAAUAAGAAAAAAGCAAUAUUGUUUAACUGUCCCUUAUAAUGACGUCGCACUUCCCGUGCAUUUAACUGUAUGUAUUUUAAAUAAAACAAAAUCGAAGCAUGAAAA